AUAUGGUAGUAGUGAAGCAAAAGGGGUGGGAAAGGUAUCAGAAACACAGAGGCUGUGCGAUUUACUCACUUGGUUAGAGAAUCUUCACUGGCCAUGGCUCUCCUUCAGUUUCUGCAGCUCAGCUCAACUUCCUCCUGGCUACUUGCAUCAAUCCUCCUCCUUGUUAUCUUGAAGUUUUGCUGGAAGAACAAGUCAAGAACAAGAAAGCUCAAUCUUCCACCGAGCCCUCCAAAGCUACCGAUCAUUGGCAACCUUCACCAGCUUGGUAGCAUGCCCCACCUGUCUCUCAGCCGCCUUGCAAAGAGGUUUGGUCCAAUCAUUUUCUUACAACUAGGUGAGGUCCCAACAGUUGUAGUUUCAUCUGCUAGAAUGGCAGAGGAAGUCAUGAAAACCCAUGAUCUUGCAUUUUCAAGCCGUCCCCAGAUCUUUUCAGCCAUGCAUCUCUUUUAUAACUGCACUGACGUUGUUUUCUCCCCUUAUGGUGCAUACUGGAGGCAUAUUCGGAAAAUCUGCAUCCUUGAACUACUAAGUGUCAAACAAGUUCAAGCAUAUGGCUUUGUAAGAGAAGAAGAAGUUGCCCAUCUGAUUCAAAGAGUUGCAGAGUCUUAUCCCAGAAGCACAAAUCUGACCAAGAUGCUUGGAUUUUAUGCAAAUGAUGUUCUUUGCAGAAUUGCAUUUGGAAGGGAUUUCUCAAAAGGAGGAGAGUAUGAUCGGCAUGGAUUCCAAAAGAUGCUUGAAGAAUACCAAGAAUUACUUGGAGGAUUUAGCAUCGGAGAUUUCUUCCCCUCUAUGGAGUUCAUACACAGCUUAACAGGAAUGAAAUCAAGACUUCUGAACACUUUUCGACGCUUUGAUAUGUUUUUUGAUGAGGUGAUAAAUGAACAUCUCAAUCCUGAGAGAGAAAAGAAGCAGGAUCUUGUUGACGUAUUGCUCAACAUCCAGCACGAUGGAUCUAAAGAAACAUCCCUCACCAUGGAUAAUAUUAAAGCCAUCAUCUUGGACAUGUUUGCUGCAGGAACAGACACUACCUUUAUUACUCUUGAUUGGGGGAUGACAGAGCUUAUCAAGAACCCCAAAGCCAUGGAAAGGGCUCAAGCUGAAGUGAGGAACAUUGUAGGAGGGAGAAAAGUUGUCCUAGAGAGUGACUUGCCUCAGUUACACUACAUGAAAGCUGUCAUCAAAGAGAUAUUUCGGUUGCAUCCUCCAGCUCCAGUCUUAGUCCCUAGAGAGUCCAUGGAAGAUGUAAUCAUAGAUGGGUUUGAUAUUCCUGCCAAGACACGGAUCUUUGUCAACGCCUGGGCAAUAGGGAGAGACCCAGAGUUAUGGGAAAAUCCUGAAUCAUUUGAACCAGAAAGAUUUAUGGGUAGUACAAUUGAUUUCAAGGGGCAAGAUUUUGAGUUGACACCUUUUGGAGCAGGUAGAAGAAGCUGUCCAGCUAUUUCAUUUGCAACUGCAACUGUUGAGCUUGCUCUGGCUCAGCUCCUACAUAGCUUUGAUUGGGAGCUUCCUCCUGGUGUCAAUGCUAAAGAUCUGGAUAUGACAGAAGUUUUUGGCAUCACAAUGCACAGGAUAGCUAACCUGGUAGUCAUUGCAAAACCACCUAUUAUGGAGGAUGGGGCAUCAGUAACAGGUUAAACGAUAAUCUGAAAGAGUUAUUCAUGUAGCUCCCUUUUAUCAAAAUGUAAUAUAUAUGAAGAAAGCAGAAAAUAAAGGGCAGUACUGGGUUAUGGCCACCAAUAAGUUGUUAAGGCAACUAAAUCUAUAUUUAAUGU